AUGGCAAUCUCUAUUGCGUUGCUGAGGUGCUUUUUCAUCCUCACCUGUCUGCAAUUGGUCAAGGCUGUUGCAGAUUGUUCCCAUGUUGCUUUGUUCCCGCAACGGCCCCCUGUUAAAUUCGACAUCAUCUUGACAGAAGGCGAUAUAUCUCCAGAUGGACAUUCGAGGAAGGGAAUUUUGACAAAUGGCCAAUUCCCUGGACCGCUGCUGGAAUUGUGCCAAGGAGAGGAUGUUGAGGUUUUUGUGUUGAACUUGCUGCCGUACUCCAUAACUAUUCACUUUCAUGGCAAGGCUCAUAAUUCCUUAUUACACACCCCAUGGUCAGAUGGUGUUCCAGGCCUUUCACAAAGAGGGAUCGAGCAGGGGACGUCUUUCAUCUACAAAUGGAAAGCAACCGAAUAUGGAAGUUACUUCUAUCAUGCACAUCAACGAGGGCAUAUUGAAGAUGGCUUGUAUGGGCCGAUUUAUGUACAUCCUGAUGAUUCCGUGGAGCGGCCUUUUGCACUGAUCACUAGUCACGGUGAUCAGCAAAAGUUAAUGCGGAAUGCGGAGGAUAAUUCGCUGUCUAUCAUACUCUCAGAUUGGCGGCAUAUGACAUCAGAACAAGUGUGGGAGGCGGAAAAAGCCACAGGACUCGAUGCAUACUGCACCAACUCGUUGCUGAUCAAUGGCAAGGGCUCGGUUUCUUGUUUAUCACCGGAUACCAUCGAUGCAUUCACAAGCGACUCGCAAAACCAAGUGCUUGCUGAGUCUCACCUAACUGAUAUCGGCUGCAUACCUCCAACCAUUAUGGCAGCCCAAGGCCCCUAUCCCCACGACUUCAGCAACAUACCAGAUGGCCUAUUCUCAGGAUGUACGCCUACAAACGGACUUGGAGGAAAAGAAAAGAUACUUGUGUAUCCACGUGCUGGCUACGUCAGUUGGAACAUUAUAUCUGCUGCUGGCGUCGCCGCAUUAUCGUUUUCAGCGGACGAGCAUCCGAUGUACGUCUAUGCUGUUGACGGCCGAUACAUCGAACCAGUGCUGGUUCACGCGGUCAACUUGGCGCCUGGACGACGGCUGUCUGUGCUUGUAAAACUUGACAAGCCACCAGGCCACUACACCAUUCGAACAGUUGUUAAUGGUUUUAACCAGAUUUUGGACACAACUGCUGUUAUGUCCUAUGUGGAUACUGUGGAUGACAUUGGCAAGGAAACAUCUACUGGAUACAUCGACAUUGCAGGGAAGAAUACCACCGCAGAUGUCACGUUCUUCGACGAAAAACUGUCAGUUCCAUUUCCGGUAGAACUGCCAGCUCAGGCGGCGGACCAAACAUUUGUUCUCAACAUCAAUCGUUUCGGAAACACCUCAUAUACGUGGUCUCUCGGCAACACCAGCUUUCCACUCGCCCUCGAAGAAGCAGCGCCGCUUCUAUUUUUCCCAGACUCGGAUGUUGCACACAGCGGCCGCACCAUCCAGACCAAAAAUGGCAGCUGGGUUGAUCUCAUUUUCCACGUCACCACACCGAUUCAGCCUGAGCAUCCGAUCCACAAGCAUUCAAACAAAUUCUUUCUCAUUGGAUAUGGACAAGGGUUAUGGAACUAUUCUUCUGUUUCUGAAGCAAUCAGAUACAUUCCCCAGAGCUUCAACUUCAACAGGCCACCGAUAUUGGACACAAUCUCAACUCUUCCUGCUGCUACCGAGCCAACUUGGAUGGCUAUACGGUAUCAAGUUAAUAACCCAGGAGCAUUUCUCAUUCAUUGUCAUAUCCAGGUCCACACCAGCGGUGGGAUGGCCCUUGCAAUCCUAGACGGGAUUGACACAUGGCCAGAGAUACCUGCGGAAUAUCGAUUGUCGUGA